UAAAAUGUAAGUAUAGUAUAAAACAUGAGUAAAGUAGAUAUGCAAAUGGAAUUCAUAGUUGCGUUGGCGGCAUAGCUUAUCCUCUACGCUAAUGGACAUCAGAAUCCCUCCCAAAAACCAAAAUUUCGAGAUAAUAUUGGGUUCUUCGUCCAAGGCCCGUCGCGAGAUUCUGGCGGAGAUGGGCUAUGAUUUCACCAUCCUGAGUGCAGAUAUAGAUGAGAAAAGUAUCAGGAAGGAAAAACCGGAAGACCUUGUGAUGGCCCUAGCUGAAGCAAAGGCUGAUGCUAUUAUGAUGAAGCUCGACAGAACUGCUCAAGUGGAGGACAUAUCACGCCCUACCCUGCUGAUAACUGCUGAUACAGGGCAUGAUUGUAAUGGUAUUGCCAUGGUCAGGACCAGCUAUUUGAAGUUAAGUCUUUAUUUGCAUCUAAUUGGUAUUAAGGUGGUGGUGUAUCAAGGGACUAUUAGAGAAAAGCCAACAUCUGCAGAAGAAGCACGGCAGUUUAUUAGAGACUAUUCUGGUGGUUCAGGCGAAGUUGUGGGAUCAGUAGUUGUAACUAACUUGGUGACAGGUAGUAGAAAAGGAGGAUGGGAGAGUGCAGAGGUUUAUUUCCUAGAAAUACCUGAUGAAGUUAUUGAUAGCCUGAUUGAGGAGGGAAUAACUUUUAAUGUUGCUGGAGGUUUGAUGCUUGAACAUCCACUGAUUUUGCCUUUGGUAGACACUGUGGUCAGACUCUCUCUCUCUCUCUCUCUCUGUAGUCCAAAUGUAGGAACUGCUGAUUGUGUGAUGGGACUCUCAAAAACUUUGACAGAGAAACUUAUGCAGGAGGCCCUUGUUGAAACCAUGGUUUAGUUAACACAAAACAAACAUGGAAAGAUUCACAUAGUUACUAUUGUUUCAACCAAUUGCUCUCCGCAUAAACAACUCAUUUGCUAAAUAUUUUGCAUUGUGUA